AUGGAAAGGAGGCGGAGAGAGAUCCCGGAGGUGGAGAGAUCCCGGAGGCGGAGGCCUACGGAUGCGGGAAGAAAAGGUCGGCGUAGAGAGGCGGUGGCGUACGAAUGCGGGAAGAAGAUAUCAGCGGAGAGAGGAGGCGGAGGAGAAUUGGCCGGAAGGGAAGAGAUCCUAGAGGCGGAGAGAUGGGAACGGCGGCCGCGGAUAGAGAUGGAGGAGAAGAGAUCCCGGAGGAGAAGAUCUGUCGGCGGAGAGGAGGAGAGAUGGAGGAGAGUAUACGGCGGUGAAGGAAAUCGCGGUCGAAAAGAGGAGAGAAGAGAUGAGAGAAGAGAGGCGGAUUAG